CCCAUCACGGUGCAGCCACGUGACGAUUUCAACAACAGUUGGUACUGGAAUUGAAUUCGUUUCAUUCAUUUGGUAGUGCCGAAUUUGGAUAUUGUAGACCAUUUCUCCAAAACAUCUUAAAUUUUGAAUCUGUUUUAUUCAUCAUGCUUUUAUCUUUCCACCAGUUGUUGAUAACUCAUUCAUCCAAACGCCAAGACGAGCCAUGAUGAAGUAAGUGAAGCUGGUACUUCCGGACACGAGAGAAUCAUUUUUUUAGUGUAACAAGAAAGAAUAACAAGAGGAUAUUAAGAAAAUAAUGCUAGAGAAACUUGAAACCAUGGAUAGACAAGAGCAUCAAGCACCAAAACAAUUAUUUGGUAAAAGGCACGUACAAUACCUUCUACUCUUCAGUGUAACAGCAUUAGCAUAUGGAUUAAGAAAUAUUUUAAAUUUAGCCGUUCUUGCUAUGAUAACCAAGAACCCACCUGAGGGAGUAACGACUUACCCAGAAUGGUCAGAAAGUAAAAAUUUGAUAUUAUCGUCCUUUUUUUGGGGAUACGUCCUGACGCAGGUUCCUGCCGGACAACUUGCCGAGCGUUUUGGUCCAAAAUUAUUUUUAUCGGGGACCGUUAUGGUUUGCUCACUAUUUUCAAUACUCAUUCCAGUUUUUGGAUCUCAGUUUGGCUAUGGAGGUGUGAUGUUCUGUAGGAUAAUACAAGGCUUGAUGCAAGGAUUUAUUUAUCCUUCCAUUCAUCAUUUGAUCAGCGCUUGGGUACCACUCACUAGCAGAGCGAAAAUUGCAAGUUUUGUUUACGCAGGUGGACCACUGGGUACCGUAUUUGUGAUGCCUAUAGUUGGGUACAUAUCUGGAUCAAAAUUAGGUUGGCAGACUGUGUUUUACCUUAUUGGGGGCGUCGGUUUCGCGUGGACAGCUUUCUGGAUAUUCUUAGGAUUAGAUAGUCCGACACAACAUAAAUCUAUUACUCCGGAAGAGCUUAAAUUUAUUCAGGAUGGAAUUGUUAGCAAUAAGAAAAAAGAACAUUUGCCAACUCCAUGGAAGGAUAUCUUGAAAUCACUGCCAUUCUGGGCAAUUUUAAUUUGCCACUUCGGAGACCUGUGGGGAUUUUGGACCAUGCUGACAGAAAUACCAACCUACUUGGAUAAGAUUUUAAAAUACGAUAUUGCAGCGAACAGUACUUUGUCCGCCCUUCCAUACUUAACCUAUUGGCUGUUAAAUUUGGUGAUGAGUCCUAUUGCUGAUUACAUAAUUACAAAUAAGAUAACCUCUGUUGGUGCUAGUAGAAAAAUAUUUAACAGUAUAGGUGUUUUCAUACCAGCUAUUGCCUUGUUUGCUCUCGUUUUCAUUGGUCCAGAAGAAAAAGUAUUAACUGUAUUUGUGCUGGUAAUAGCUGUUGGAGUAAAUACCGCAAUUUUAAGCGGUUUCCAUGUAAAUCACAUUGACAUAGCUCCCAAUCAUUCUGGUACCCUCAUGGGUAUUACAAACGCUAUAGGAAAUGUAGCUGCUAUACUAGCUCCAUUGGCAGUGGAUCUAUUCAAAAAACUUGGCAAAUAUGAAGAAACUGACAAGGAGUUGUGGAAUAUCGUAUUUUUAACAGCAUCUGUGCUUUUCAUAACAACUGGAAUUUUCUAUGCUAUUGCGGCGUCGGGAGAAGUUCAACCAUGGAACAACAAAAGAUUUAUCAAAGAAGAGCCUGUUUUAGAAAAAGAGAAAGAACCAAUGUAUCAAAAUGGUACUUGAUGAAAUAGUUCUAUAAUAAUUUUGGGUAUUAAAGUAACUUAUGUUGGUUUUUUUAAGAAAAAAAAAAUUAAAAUGAUAAUAGUUGAUAGGCCAAAGUCGAUAUAUUGGUUGUUAUUAUUGUUCAUAUUUAUUGACACAAGUUCUAUCAAUUUUUUAGAUACAUUUUUGUAUAUAUCUAGAGACUUAUAAAACAGGAUUUUAUUGAAUAAGGUUCUUUUUGAAGAAAUUAUAAUUUAUUUAUUACAUUUUUUUAAGAAAAUUUUGUUUUUAUUUUUAUGAAAACUGCCAUUUGUAGUAAAUACUUUACCUAAUAGAAAUUGAAUAAAUUUACUUUUAACUGAAUUUAUGGGGUCCAGUCAAAUUUUAUUUUGCAGGCAAUAUUAAACUAUAAAGAGAAGGACCUUAAUAUUAAAUAUCUAUUCCUUAUUUAGUAUACAGUAGAACAAAGUAAUGAGGGAGUAAAGGGAAAUCAGUAAUUUGUUAGCCACUUGAUCAAAUAACAUUUAAAGUUUCAUUGAUUGUAGAAACUAGGAGCUCACUUGGUUAAGAUAUAAAGAGUUGUAACUAUGAAGACUAGAGAGAAGGAGGCGAAUCGGCAAUGGUCAAAUUUCAAAUGUCCGUCCUUCUUUUUAUAAAGUUCGCGAACUUUACUGUAGUUGUCA